AUGGCUAAGGAAAGUAAAGAAGUCAAGGAAACUAAAACAGAGGACAACUACGAGGCUAGAAUGCCUGCUGUUCUGCCAUUUUCAAAGCCUCUAGCGUCCAAGAAGCUGAACAAGAAGGUUUUGAAGACUGUCAAGAAGGCUUCUAAGGCCAAGAAUGUUAAGCGUGGUGUCAAGGAAGUUGUCAAGGCUUUGAGAAAGGGUGAGAAGGGUUUAGUUGUUAUUGCAGGUGACAUUUACCCAGCCGACGUCAUUUCCCAUCUUCCUGUUCUUUGUGAAGAUCACUCUGUUCCAUACAUCUUUGUCCCAUCCAAACAGGACCUAGGAUCCGCCGGUGCCACAAAGAGACCAACAUCCGUUGUCUUCAUUGUUCCAGGCAGCAAUAAGAAGAAGGACGGUAAGGGUAAGGAAGAAGAAUACAAAUCUUCUUUCAACGAAGUUGUCAAGGAGGUUGAGGCUUUAUAA